AUGGAUGACAUUGUGGAUGAUCCCUAUUCCUGGGAUAUCGACGUGGUUGUUAAUCGACUCUGCGCUCCUGGGGUCCCAUGGAGUCGAGAUCCUGCAUUCCUCGCCACACGCAUCCAGGAGGAGGAGUUUAAUGGCAAGACUCUAUUAACCUUUGAAGAUGUGUGUUCGCGUCAAGAGUUGAUGGAAUGUCUCGGCAUUAGGAUCGCCCGCCACAAAGCUGCCCUCGCAGAAGCUAUCGUUACUCUUCGCUCUAAAAGUAAGGAGUAUUGGGAAUGGCAAGCCGACUUCAGGCGAAAACAAUCUGGUUUCCCUGGCGAGGAGACCGAAACCUCAACACAUGCCAUGGAACAACGGCAAUCCUUCAAUCUUCCGAACGGUGAUCGUUUUAAAGAAAAGGAAACGCCUGUUUCCGUUUCUGAUACUAAUGGAAAGAUUCCCCAUGCUGUAGGGAACCCAUUGCAGCAGGAAUUGGGUAGCCAAAACCAAACGCACACACGCCAAGCAAACGACCAGCUUCAACUUGCGACGCAUUCUCGCCAGCCGCCCAUUCAUGAGCCUCCUGACCAAAUUCCCGAGUUUCAUGAGAGGUCUAGUAAACGCAGGCGGGUGGCGCCCAUGCUGUUGACAGACAUACCAAGGAACGCCGAUCCCGCUUUCCUUCCGACGGAAGCUGAUGUGCUUGACUACGCGACCACCAAGGCUGGGGUGGAGUUUGCAGACGAUGACCCUGCAGACUUUCCGUGGGAUAAUGCACCCUCGUAUGCCUAUCUAGGCGAGGGCAAGAUUUCGAGAGAGGACAUGCUGACCCCAGUUGGCAUGUUGAGCUCUCUCAUCAAUGAGAGCGACGGUUCCUUUACUUCAUUCAGCAUCCAUACAAUUCCACCUGGAAGAAGACUCGCGGCAAACAACAUUCUCAAGCGGCUUCUCACAGGCCGCUAUCGCAUACCUAUCCAUUCCUCUAGGUCGUCAAGUCAUAUUUCCAACGAGUCUGAUGAGAUCCUCGAACUCGCCGACCUUGACAACGAACUGGACGCUGAGACCUUGAGGGAGAUGAAGGAAGAAGAGGCUGAGAACGAGAGGCUUGCUGCUCUCGACAACAAUCCCCAGCCUUAUCUUUUUGUCUCUCCUGAGCGAAUCGCAGAGAUAUUAAAUGAGGCCAUAACAGCUAUUGAGGAAAACUGGACUGAGAAGAAGCUCCCAAAGUAUGAGCGAAAAGCUUAUAGUCUAUGGCAGAAAUCUCGCCGCCUUGGCAUGAAGAGCAUACAAAUUCAGAAUGCUUACAAAACGGCUAAGCAUCUUGUCGAACGACUCCAGAAACUCUGUCUAGAGAUCCAGAAGACGGACUCGGCCUCCGAGGCACACUACCGAGAGGCAGCCAAGAGCCUUGAGCAAAGUUUGGAAGACAAGAAGUAUCAGGAGUGGUUGAUCAAGCUGCUUGAAUCGUCAAGGCCACCCCCAAAACUACAAACAGUGGUCCGUUCGAAACCACGCGCCGCGCGGCAGCUGGACACUUUGGCCCUUAUGGAAGACGAAGUUCUGACUAGCUCCGAAGAGGAAGACUUCAUCGUUCCUGACGACCACCUGGAUGCAAUUGAAAAUGGGUUGAUGACUGUUCAGGAUUCAACACCCCCCCCUAUGAAGCAUGAAUGGGAGGAUUUCGAAACUGACUUCAUGGAUUUAACUCAGGACGACAUGGAUGAACCGCAAGGCUUGGGUUAUGACAUGACUAAUCCUAUCGAUUUGACUAGCCCUGCUAAGCAAGCGAAUUGUCCAUUGAAGGGAGACCAGGGGAACGCCACCCCUCUCAGAAAGAAUCUUUCUGUAAAACAAACUCUUGAUACAGGCCCUUCUGAUGCAGCCAUCACCAACGGAGAGAGCUUGACAAGCGACGACCCUGCUAACGUCGAGAACAAACCACUUGAACCCGAUGUUGUCGGUUGCCAGGCUUCCAUUAACCAUGUCUCUGAAAAAGGUCAUGACGAAAACCAAAGCCAAGAGAUCCAGCCAGAAAAACUACAAUCUCCACGUCAAGUUGGCGGCUUUCAGCCCCCUCCCAUUGAGAGUUUUGGCGAUCUUCAGCAGCUUGCAUCUCAACCACUUAAAAAUUACGUCAAGCGCAACGAUCGCUGGCGAUUGUUGGUCGGUGAGAUGUGGCAUAUGGAACAUGCCCGGCGGAAGUCAGCAGUCGAUCUGAUAUUAUCAGAUCACCCCAAUAAUGUAUGGGAGGAGCAUAUCCAGCCAUAUUUAUCCGAACCCUUUGAAGAUCCCGAUCAGCUACCACAGGGCAACGUAAAGGUUGUUCUUUUUGACGUUUUACGUCUUUGUCGCUGCUUCUUCAUGUGUCAGCACACGACAGAAGAACAAAUGCUUUCCUAUAAAAUAGGAAAGUUGAGGAAAACAUUGAAUCAGGCACGAGUCAACUUCUUCGAACCUCUCUGUCUGUUCGUAGCGGCUCUUAUGCCUCACUUCCCCCAGGAUAGUCAGAUCUAUAGACAAGACAUGGACAUUCUCGAUGACCUAUUUCCAGAGGAACAGGAUGAGAUGGAUGACCCUGACGAUGUCUUUGAGGAAGGGCGUGCGGGGCGUCGAAGACCAAAAGAAAAAGAAAUCAUCCGUGAUAAAGCAGCCGUGGAUCUUCGAGAACGCGAGAAUCAAAGGGUCAGGGAACAAGAGGCUCGCAGAAAGAAAUUGAGGGAGACCCUCGCACUGGAUGGCUCAGUGUCGCGGGAUGGGACUCGCCUUAUCAUAAACGAAAGCAAAGAAGAAGACCAAGGUCUUAUCUACAUCCAUGAGGACAUUGGUCGCCGUAUUAAGGAUCACCAGAUUGACGGCGUCCGUUUUAUUUGGAAUCAGAUUGUGCGAGACCCCAGUGUGCGACAAGGUUGUUUGCUAGCUCACACAAUGGGACUUGGCAAAACGAUGCAAGUCAUCACGGUCCUCGUGGCUUUGGCAGAGGCCGCACAAUCAGAAGAUCCAUCUGUAGUGGCUCAAAUACCCGAAGAUCUAAGGGAACCGCGGAUUCUGGUUCUUUGUCCAGCUGCCUUGGUGGACAACUGGAUGGAUGAGCUCCUCAAAUGGGCACCAGCGGAUCUACUGGGUGAGCUACGCAAGGUCUCAUCUAAUACACCGGUCGAGGAAAGGGCUGCGGUGGUGUCGUCAUGGGCUUCCGGCAGAGGCGUCCUCACACUUGGCUACGAAAUGUUCAAAAUCAUCAUGAACAUGUCAGAUGAGCUAGCAGACCUUCUGACAAAUCGUACAGAUGUGGUCAUCGCCGAUGAGGCGCAUAAGAUGAAGAAUCGGGAGUCGCAAACUAACCUAGCUUGUUCGCGCUUCAGAACAAAGAGUCGCAUUGCACUCACAGGGUCACCACUGUCCAACAGUGUACUAGAGUAUUUUGCCAUGAUUGACUGGGUUGCCCCCAACUUCCUUGGCCCGUUCUCCGAGUUUAGCCACAUUUAUGCCUCUCCGGUCGAGCGAGGCCUCUACAACGACAGCACUCCAGGUGAAAAAAGGAAAGCACAAAUGAGGCUGAAGGCGCUUGAGCAACUUGUGGCACCGAAGAUCAAUCGCCACACGAUCGCUGCCCUAAAAAACGACUUGCCACCAAAGCAGGAAUUCAUCAUAUUCGUGCCUCCGACGAUACCUCAGAAGCAGUUGUAUCAACUGUACAUCAGGGGUGUAGGAAGAGAAGGCACCGACUCGCAAGCUGAGACUUUUGCUGCCAUCAACCAUCUUGGAUUGAUUUGCAGCCACCCACGAUGCUUUGAAGCAAAGGUGAAAGCAAUUCAAAAGGGCAUCCGCUCGAACAAUGACAAUGAGGACAAAUCCUUCCCCAAGUCUAUGAUUCCAGAGUUCUUGAAAACGUUGCAUUCCUUUAGGGACCUGGAUACGCCAACGCUUUCAUUAAAAACAGAACUACUGACAAUCAUACUCGACGAGGCGCGUCAAGUCAAAGACAAGGUGCUCAUUUUCAGUCAGUCCUUACACACAUUAAAUUAUAUCGAAAACAUGUGCAGAAUGCAGAGAAGGACAGUUUCUCGCCUAGAUGGCAGCACACCAGUUCCGAGUCGACAGAGGCAGACAAAAGACUUCAAUGAGGGUAGCAAAGAGGUGUUUCUGAUAUCUACAACUGCUGGUGGUGUAGGACUCAACAUUCAGGGGGCUAACAGGGUCGUCAUUUUUGACGUCAGAUAUAACCCAUCGGAUGAGCAACAAGCGGUGGGCCGAGCGUAUCGUAUCGGCCAGCAAAAGCCUGUAUUCGUUUAUCGUUUCAUGGUCGCAGGAACUUUCGAAGAUAAUCUUCACAACAGACAGGUCUUCAAAAUGCAGUUAGCAUCGCGAGUCGUUGACAAGAAGAAUCCCAUCAGCUGGUCAAAGCGCAAAGGCGACGUUGUGUCGGUGAUCAGAGAUUGUCCGCCAAGCGAUCUCACCCCUUAUCUGGGCAGGGACAGAAUCCUGGACGGGCUUAUAAAUCAUCGCAAGAACGGCGAGAGCAUCCGAUCCAUUGUGACAACGGACACUUUCGAAGAGGAAGAUCUUGGCGCGGCGCUGACUGAAGAUGAGAAAAAGCAAGUAGCUCAAAUGAUUGAACUGAAUCGUCUUCGAGAAACCAACCCAGAGGAGUAUUUGAGGGCGAAAGACCGAGUGGAUUUAAAGGAGCAGGCUAGGUUGUAUGGAGAGCAGGAUGAACUUCUUCGUGCGAGCUCGUUAUCUCAACAGCUUACCCCUCGAUCAAUUGAUGAUACUUCGGGUAUGCUUCACCAUACACGAUUUCCGCCUCCAGCAACCGCUCCAUCUCUGGAACAGGACGUCUCAGGCGCCGAGAAAAUAUCUCACGAAACGAGCUCACCUACAAAGCAGCCUGUGUCCCAGCAACCUGCAACUUCUAUUCAUGGCCCAGCACCAAUGCCAAUGGCUGGUGCGAACACCUUUUUCGGAGAGUAUAACCAUUCUGAGCCAGUGAUUGAGCCGCACUCGACCCCAAUCAUUCCUGCACAGUCGCGCGCGAGUCCCAUCUUUAAGCAAGGUGGAGUCUUCAACGUCACCGAGAAUCCUGCUAUGGUCGAGUUCGAGGGUUGUUUGCGGGAGGGCCUUCAAAAAAUGCAACAACGCAAUGUGCUACAAACAGGGGGUAAACCUGACGAGAUAGCCAAAUCUACAACCAUACGUGUGAACGAGGUCCGUAGGAAGGGCCAGUAUGGAUUGCUUCCGGACACAAAGCAUUGGAGGGUACUCAUUCGGCUUCUGUCGCACGAAAAAUGGGUGAUUGCAAUUGCCACAGGCCUUAUAGCGCCGGAAUACUUGGCUCAAGUCGAAGAGAAAGAUCUCGAAAAGCGACUCGAAGCCAUCAAUGCACUCACAGAAACGGAGAUCGCCACUCGGGCACUUGAGAAGACCAGUUCUCCCGACCCAAAUAAUUUGCAGAAUAUCAGGCGUCGAAGCUCGCACCAGGGUGAGAAGCGAUCCCGGGCUACGGAUGAUAUGAAAGUAAUGCGGGAAGCGGCGGACAAUAGGAGAAACCGAGCAUUCCGUCUCCCGCCCUGGGCAAACGAGGCCCUUUUUGAAGAGAAAACCCGAACAUCACCUACAAUGGGCACUCGAGAAGGACAGUUUGGUUUCAGGGAUGUUACGCCUGGUCUCUAA